CUGCCCACGCACCGUAGCUAGCCAAACAGAAAAUGGCUUCAGCAGAGUCCCAGCCGCGGUUUGGUCAGUCUGUCAAAGGCUUAUUAUCCGAUAAAGUGGGCUCUUGUAGCGGGGAUGUGAUCGCACUGACCCGCCAGGUGCUGAAGGGAUCCCGCAGCCAAGAGCUUCUUGGGCAAGCAGCCAGAAAUAUGGUUAUCCAGGAGGACGCCAUCCUGCACUCAGAGGAUAGUCUGAGAAAAAUGUCCAUCAUCACCACACAUUUACAAUAUCAGCAGGAGGCCAUCCAGAAGAAUGUGGAGCACUCUAAAAACCUGCAGGACCAGCUGAGACACCUACUGAAGUGACAGAGCAGAAGACACGGAGCCUUCAUCAGACGAUGACGUGCUAAUCAACGCUGUCUCAGCAGGAUUCCAUAGAGUCUAAUAUUGGACCACAUGGAUAAUCUGCCAUAUUUUUACUUUAUAACAUACUGUUGGAACUGUCACUGGACUUAUGUGGGACUCAUUUAAGCAGUUUGAAAGGGAAGUUCCGCUCUGUAUCAAACACAGUGCCUUGCUCAUGGGCAAAGAUCCCCAAGAUGUUUUCUUGAGAUUCCUCUGUUUUUAUCAGUUGUAUUCAAUCUAUUUAUUAAAGACCUUGUCAAUGUCA